ACAAACUAAUUCGACUCUCGGCACGUAAAUCUUAAGAGAACCGGAAGAAAAGCCUCCCGCCUCAACACUAACCUCUGGUUUGGUUCGCAGGACUUUCUCUUUUCCUCCCAGGACCCUUCAGACCUGUCGCACACGCUGUGAUUUUCAGCAGCGAGCGCCGGGUUUUCUACACAUUUCGUCUCCCAAAAUACAUAAAAUCGCUUCACAUAAACUAUAAAUGUGUCAUUUCCGUUAGCAGAGGCAUGUUGGAGCAUAACACGGGUGAAAAUAUUGCGCUAGUGCCGUUCGUUGGACCGGUACCGGGGAGGUUUUUGCUGGCAGUAAACACACGGACGCUGUCGUAUUUGGUGUUCACCAGAAGCAGCCGGUUAAAACGGAUCAACAAAUGAGGCUUUUCUGUUCUGGGGACGACUGUGGAGCCUGGAGCAGAAAUGGCGGCUCUUCGCGGCUUCAGGGAGUUUCUGACGCAGCGGCUGGCGGCGGCCGGGGAGGAAGUGCUUUCUGCGUGUGAAGACACCGUGGUUCGGUGUGAGGAGCAGAGCCGCCUUCAGCAGAAGAUGAUCGAUGUUAUGAAGUCCGAGUUUGAUGCGCACAGAGCAGACCUCCGGCAACAACGUGACAUUAAAGAAGAAGAAGAAGAGAAGUUUGUGCCUGAUGAGCAGCUUUCUAACGAGGAGAGGAGUUCCACUUCUGAUGAGAAGAUUAAAAAAGAGGAGGAGGAUUAUCCAGAGGCAACAGCCAUUAAGGAGGAAGACCAGGAAGAGCCCUGCACCAGCAAACAGGGAGAGCAGGUGCAGCUGAAGCGUGUGGAGAGUCAGUCUGCUCCAGAGUCUCUGAAACGCGACGCCUCCAGCAAGAAGAACCUCUGCAGGGCGAAGGCCAGUUUCUGCCACAUUUGUGGCCAGGCUCUGACGAAGCUCGGUUUGGAUCGCCACAUGAGGACUCACACGGGCAGGAAGCCGCUUUCCUGCAAAAGCUGUGGACAAAUCUUCCGGCUCCGUCUGUCUUUGGAAGUCCACAUGAGGACCCACGCCGGGACGAAGGCGCACGCUUGCAAGACGUGCGGGAAAACGUUCAGACGAAGCGACCAUCUUGAACUCCACACGAGAACCCACGGCGACAAGAAGCUGUACCUCUGCAACGUCUGCGGAAAAAGCGUCGCCGACCCGUCGGCUUUCAGGAGGCACAUGACCAUCCACACGGACGAGAAACCGCACUCCUGCAAAAUCUGCGGUGAGAAGUUCAAACACAGCAACACCCUGCUGUGCCACCGGAGGGCGCACUCGGGCGAGCGGCCGUACGUCUGCCGCUUGUGCGGCAACAAGUUCGUCAACGCCUCGAAGCUGAACCGACACACGAUGUCGCACACGGGCGACAAACCUCACGCCUGCGAGCACUGCGGGAAGAGAUUCAUCCGCCUGCACCAGAUGAAGGAUCACGUGAGGAGGCACACCGGGGAGAAACCGUUCGACUGCCACACGUGUGGGAGAAAAUUCAUCAGCAGCACCGAACUGAGAGCUCACACCAAAACCCACACAGGUGAGACAUCGCGGCCAUAGACAAGCUGCGGUCGCUUUGUUGAGAAGGUUUGGAUCAGAAACACAAACUUUGGGCCAAUAUCGCCAUAAAAACAUGUUUCUUUGUUUUCACCACCAGUAAAACGGCUGAUCUGAUGCUUUAGAACCUGGAAGUAAAUCUUUACUGGGUUUAUAAAGAAUCAUUAACACAAUUAUCCUCUAAUAAUGACAUUCAGUCCCAGAUUUAGUGAACCAUUAUGGGUUUUACUAAGAUUUCUCUGUAGUUUCUUUUUUUUUCCAGAUUGUUGUUGAAGUUUAUAGUCAUAUAUAAUUAAUUAAAAUGUUUUUUACUGAAGUGUUCCAGGAGAUAUUAGUAAACAAACAUUCUCACUUUCAUUCUUAUAAAAUCAUGUAAACUAAAUAAUCUAAUAAUUAUGUCUUAAACGUUUUAUUUGAAAUGAUUUCUGUUAAUUCAUGACCCUGACUUUGAGAAUUAAAGGAAUUUACUCUCUGUAUAUUAUUGAUGCAAAAUAAAAAAAAAUACUUUCAACA